GUGUGGUGUGAGCAGUCUGGUGACGCAGGACUGCAGCUAUGAACUACCCACUAACCCUGGACAUGGACCUCCUCACCUAUAACAACCUGGAGGACCUGUACAAGGAAUGGGCCAUCUACAAUAGCAGCACAGAGAUCCCCUUACAGGAAGGUCACUUCUGUCCCACAGUGGAGGGACCCCUACUGACCUCCUUCAAGGCAAUAUUCAUGCCUGUGGCCUACAGCCUCAUCUUCCUCCUGGGGAUGAUGGGAAACAUCCUGGUGCUCGUGAUCCUGGAGCGGCACCGGCAUACUCGAAGCUCGACCGAGACCUUCCUGUUCCACCUGGCCGUAGCUGACCUUCUCCUGGUCUUUAUCCUGCCUUUUGCAGUGGCUGAGGGCUCUGUGGGCUGGGUCCUAGGGACCGUGCUCUGCAAAGUUGUGAUUGCGCUGCACAAAAUCAAUUUCUACUGCAGCAGCCUGCUACUGGCCUGCAUAGCCGUAGACCGUUACCUGGCCAUCGUCCACGCUGUCCACGCCUACCGCCGCCGCCGCCUCUUCUCCAUCCACAUCACCUGCGCCACCAUUUGGCUGGCCGGCUUCCUGUUUGCCUUGCCAGAAGUCCUCUUUGCCAAGGUAGGCCAACCUCAUAACAAUGACUCCCUGCCACAGUGCACCUUCUCUCAAGAGAACGAAGCUGAAACCAAAGCCUGGUUCACCUCCCGUUUCCUCUACCACAUUGGGGGCUUCCUGCUACCAAUGCUGGUGAUGGGCUGGUGUUACGUGGGGGUGAUACACAGACUCUGUCAGGCCCAGCGGCGCCCUCAGCGGCAGAAAGCAGUCAGGGUGGCCAUCUUAGUGACAAGUAUUUUCUUUCUUUGCUGGUCACCCUACCACGUUGUCAUUUUCCUAGACACACUGGAGAGACUGAAGGCUGUGGACAGCAGCUGCGAACUGAGUGGCUAUCUCUCUGUGGCCAUCACCGUGUGUGAAUUCCUGGGCCUGGCCCACUGCUGUCUCAAUCCCAUGCUCUACACCUUCGCUGGUGUCAAGUUCCGCAGUGACUUGUCUCGGCUUCUGACGAAGUUGGGCUGUGCUGGCCCAGCCUCCCUCUGCCAAGUUUUCCCCAGCUGGCGCAAGAGCAGUCUCUCUGAGUCAGAGAACGCCACCUCUCUCACCACCUUCUAGAUGCCAGAACUUCCACAACCCCCUUUCUGUUUCUGUUUGCCUUGGUAGCCUGGAGUGAUGCUAGAAACCCUUUAAACAAAACCCGGCGUUUUAAGAGCUUGUUUGGGCCAUGUCCCCAGAUGGGACAGCUAGAGAACUCUCUCUAGAAUGUCCCUAAGCUCUUUUGCCAGUACUCAGGCUAACCGAGAGCCCUGGGAGGCAAAAGCAGCCCAAAGGCAGAGCAAGGGCUCUCUAGACUGCCAGCAGCACCUUGGGUAAGAGCACUCCACGUACCUUUCUUCCUAACCAGCCGAAUGUGAGAAUCAGCUUUACUUCUCCCCAGCCAUAGGGAAAACCACUCAGCCGGCGGCACCUACAGUCUCCCUCUGGUCAUGGACCCCAGGAUCUCCUCCCACAAUGCACUCCAUCAUCUAAAAGGUUGCUGCAUGCCACAGCUCCCCACCAC